AUGUGCACAAUAUGCGACAGGGUUAAAGCCAGUUUUGAGGUAAAGGACCCAACGCUAAAAUCGUUGCCCAUCGUGGGAAUGUUCCACAGGCAGACGGUCUGGCGGAACGGAUCGUGCAAGUCUGCAAAGAGGGGCUUCGAAAGUACUGUCUCCAGUCUGACAGACAUCAUUGGGAACAGAUUCUUGUGCUGGAUAGCCAUGGGCUACCGCAUGAGUCGCCAAGCAUCCCUGGCAGGGUACUCACCGUACUUCCUGCUCUUUGGCAGGUGGCCCAUCGUCGGGGCCCGUGUACGGGACGUGUUGCACACCGUGGUGGAUCUAGACUCCCCACAGGUGUGGGCAACCGUCGUUGAGGAGCGCGCCCGACUCUUUAGGGAGGAGAUGCCGAUAGCCUUCAACAACCUCGCGAUAGCGCAACACAGAUACAUGUUGCGCUAUGCGCACAAGAGGUCAGGGGACCACACGCCGAAACUUCGUCGGUUUGCGGCAGGCGACGGGGUGUACUUGAAGCGUCAGAAGGCAGAUUCCAUGGACCCUAGAGUUGAUAGGCUGAUUCUGCGUGUAGUUAGUGUCGGCAGUGGCGGCAGUUUAGUCCUCGAGGGGCGUGACAAGAAAUAG